AUGGGGCAGCUUUUUGGCUGCUCGGUCCACAUACCGCAUGCUGCGCUGCAGCAUGCACCAGAAAUUGCCACGCUUAAAAGUGAACUUAAGCUUGUUGAGAAUCGCGUCUCACAAAAUGAGGUGCGCUUGGAGGAUACUAUUAGGACUGUCGAGGCCAAUGAGCGCGUGCAGAGAUCCCUCAAUGUUCGCAUUUAUGGAUUUGAUUUUACUCGAUGCAAUGUUCCGAGGCCUAAUGAGCCCAAUCAGUUUGACGUCACCACACCUGCAGAACUCGUCCGCCAACUCAUGAUUGAUGUUUGCCUUAUCUUUUCUCCACCUGUUCAUAUUACAGCUCCUGCCCUCAUCACUCUGCGUAGGCUGAGCCGUGAAUUCCAAGAUGUGGCGACUGUAGCGCUUCAAUUACGCGCUAAAGGUUUUGUUGCGUAUUCGACUGAUAACCGCAUUCGAGUUGGCCCUCGUAACGAUUCACGGUGGUAUCAUUACACGGACCCUGCUAUACAUUCAAUGCUUAAUCCGAGCGGUUGA